AAAAAUAGUAAACUUAAAUAAUAAUUUGUCAUACUACGAUUGGUGGUUUAAAUCCCUAUGUGGACGCUCUCGAUGGGUUAUAGCCUCAAAUUUUAUAUAGUAUAAAAUUAACCAAACAAAUCAUUUUCUGUCUAACCUUUUUUUUGCUUUCUUUCUUAUCUACCAGUUUAACCUCUAGAAAAUUCUUAAUCAACUUGUAUAAAAGUGUAAUAACCUUCCAAAAUACUAUUUUUUUGUAAAAUUAUUGAACAAAAGGAUUCGGUGGUCGGUCUCAUCUGUCAAAGGGGGAUAUGUCAACGUAGGCAAAUAGAUAAUUGGCGGUGGUCUGUCUGUCGAUCUGUGAUUUCUGCAAAAACAAGUGACAAAACUUUAUUGACAUUUCACACGGAUCUAAGAAGACUACGCGCCUAAUAGUUUUUAAUUUUAAUUUUAAUUUUGUGUCGUCUUAGUUUUCUGUUGUUGAUUUCAGCCGUUGUGCUUUUGCCAUCGAAAUCUGAAGCGAUUACGCCCUCAAUCGUUGAUCCGAGGAAGAUAGUUUCCAGGGAAUUUUGAUAUCUCUAUAUUCCUCUCAUCGUAGUAGAAUGAGUUACCGGGUCCCCAUCCUCCUCUGUGCGAUAGCUGGGUCAUGCUUACCUUCCGGCUUCGCUUCCUCCGUUGACGUUUGCGAUCAUCAUGAUGAAUUCGAGGUCUUCCGAUGCGGAAUCGAGAAUAAAUGUCAUCACUCUCUUUAUCCCAGACCGGUGGAUGGAGACUUGCUAGACAAUUCAAACCAUGUAAAUGCUUAUACUUCCAUACUAUUUUAUACCUCCAGGUGCCCGUUUUCACGUGCAGUUCGCCCCAAGUUUGAUGUUCUGAGCUCAAUGUUCCCCCACAUAAGGCACCUGGUUGUUGAGCAAUCUCAGGCUUUACCAUCUGUCUUUUCUAGGUAUGGUAUCCAUAGCUUGCCUUCAAUCCUCAUGGUGAAUCAAACAUUCAGGAUCCGAUACCAUGGACAGAAGGAUCUUACAUCCUUUAUUCAGUUUUACGAACUAACAACAGGUCUUAAACCUGUCCAGUAUGUGGAUGAAGGUGAACCAACGAGCUAUGACACCCAUGGUAAUCUGAUCACAUGGCUACACAGCGGGUCAUCUAUCAAGGAAAUAACUGAAAGAGAUCCAUAUUUGGUACUUGCACUGAUGUUUCUGUCUUUGAAACUGGCAAUUUUGAUCUUCCCCAUCAUGGGAGCGCGCUUGCAAACGUUGUGGGCAUCUUAUGCUCCGCAUCUGAGCUUGGGAAUACUCGGUGAAACUAGCCAGCUGUUUGGCCGUGCCAUGCACAUGAUCGAUGUGAGGAGGCUUUGGAUUAAACUGAGACUAGCGAAAACCAGGAACUUCCAAGAGAGAGCAAAGAACGCACUUGCAUCGGUCUCGCUAGGAAAAUCUACUUCACAAUCUGGGUGAUUCAGAGAUCCUUCAUCAUCGCCGAGCUUAGUUAGAUUACUUUACUUUUGGUCGACAUGUGUUAACUUUGGAGUUCCUAUCUCUGUAUGUAAAUCAUAUUUUUGCUUAUUUGUGAAUAUUGUCUUCGUUUCUUGAAUAUUCUUGUCUGUGUCUUUUUUUGUUUUGCUUGUAUUGAUUUCUCAACGGUUUGGUUUAAUUGGUGCUAGAGGUGGACACCUGGGUCGAAUAUGUGAAAGAAACGUGUCGUCUUUGUGGAUCACUCUGGUUCACACAUGUAGAAGUUUCGCUUUCCUGUCAUUUUUGCGUAUGUUUAUGAUAGUUGAAUAUCUCUGUUUAGAUCUUUCCACUUAGGAAUCUUAAGCUGCGAAGCUUAUUCCAAUGUGAUUUGAUCCUCUUAAUCAACAAUAAAAUUUGAAUCUAUUUUUUGUUAUGAUGGUUUAAGAUAGGGCUAGGCAAUCGGAGUCCUAACCAGUUCGAGUUUAUUAGGGUUUCAAGUUUUUGGAUUCAUCAAACUUGAUUGUCAGAUGUAAAGUGACUUAGAUAAAGCCUAAAUCAAGGGAGCAAUUUCAUGAUUGUCACAUGUUUAUAAAGUAGGCAACAAAAAGUAGACAAAGAGGUGAAGCAAAAAGUAAAACAAAGCAUAAACUGAAGUUGGCAAAAGCUAAACGUUGGGAAUAAUGUUUUGUAGAUUUAUAGUCUGAUUUUUCAUCUUGGCAUUUUUGUUAUGAGUUUAUAGAUAUUACAAAAUUUCCAAAAAAAAGAUGAAGUAAAUUUAUCUUUUCCAAUAAUGAAGUUUAUAUUUCACACUUGUUGAUUCAUUUUCUGGUUUGCUCACGUUUUUAUACCAUCUCUUAUUUAUUUACUAGGAGAUGUCUGCGCAUAAUAUUAUUUUAUUGUUGUUAAGUAUGAUAUUUUUGAAUGAUGUAAUUAUAUGGUCAUUAUUUAUUUGUGAAGAGCAUGAUUUAGUACUUUAUUGUGUGAUGUAGUAUUAAGUUAUAGGUUAAUAUAUUAUGUGUUUGUAUUUUCAAUAACGUGUUGUUGUGUGUAUAGUAGUAUGUUAGUGGUGAAAUGAGCUUCUAAUGUAAAGCAUCUUGAAUUUCAAUAAAUUUUCAUUUAAGCAUUUAUUGAUUCUAACAUUAACGGUUUAAGCGUCAACAUUGUAUUUAAUAUUUUCACAUUUUUGAACACUAUUCUUUUUGUUAACAACGUCGAACAUUAUUCUCCUAAGACGUUUUUUCCUUCUCCGCAUAUUUUGACUUGAGCCAUCACCAUCUAUUUAUUUCGUUUACAUUUCCAGUGUGCGGUGUUUCUUACCAUCACUGGAAAAAGACUCACAUUCGUUUCUCUUGUUUUUCCUCGUCUUUUUCUCUUGUGAGAUUAUCUAAUAUUUGUUGUAGAUCAGGUUUAUGAGUUCCCAGUUGUGCGGUUGUUUCUCAUGAUGUUGUACGCUGUUCUGGUCAAUAUUUGUCCUCUUCUUCCUUAAAUUUGGCUAAUGUUAGGAACUACAUCUCCUUGGGUUGGUCAGAGUUUAGUUGUCUUUAAUGUUGUCUUCCUCGUAGUUGGCUUGUCGUUGAUAGUCACUGCUCGUCUUGGUUUCAAGAUCUAGUUUUUGCUGAUUUGACUUUUACGUUCUCUUCAUAGAUCGAGGAUGGCUCCACAGUUUAUUGAUUUUUUGUAGUCUCAUUUUCUCUCUUUGUUCUCUCAUCUCGUUGCACUUUUCAUCGCUGGUUGCGUCUCCGGUGGCUCUCCAUUUCGCCAUGUUUGCCACUCCAGGUUUGGAUAGUGUUUUCCUUCGUGUACGUUAUGUGGGCUUGGAAGAUUAUUUCUUGUCUCAAACUUGAGAUUUGGUUUCUUUGUGGUUAGCUUCCAUUCUCCCUCAUUUAUGUUGUUUUUCUUCUCUUCCUGCUUCCCUUGGUAUAGGUGUGUGGAGUUAGUCUCUUGGAGCUUUGGUCUCUUCUAUUCAGAACUUUGUGAUUCUUCGUUGGCAAUGAACGCCUUGUAUGUGGUUGUUUGUUUGUGAGGUGCUUCUUAACUCUUAGCUGGUGGUUGUGCUUUAGGCAUCUGUUUUCGUGCUUCGUGGUGACUUUUAUCUUCCAUUGAUUAUUCUCCUUCUGACCCGUUUUUUUGAUUUUUUGGGUUGGUGCUUGAUCGCGUUCAUUUGUGUUCCACACUUUUACUGAGUUAGUGUUACUAUAGUAUUUUGCUUUUUCUUUGUGAUUUUGGAAAUUUAGGUUUAGAUUAUGUAUCGUACUCUAGUUUUUUUAGUUUAGUUAUUUUAUAGUUUUUAAUAGUCAAAUAAAUUUAUAAUUUGUAAAUAAUAUAAUAGAAAAUAUCAAAAAAAAUAAAAGUUUAUGUUAUUUUUUAUUUAUGAAUAAAUAAAAUUUUUAAAAUAUAUUUUUAUUAUAUAUUUUUAUUCAUCUUCAACUUUACUGACCAAUAAAAUAGAUUAUAAAAUUUUAUAUAAUAAUGGUUAGUGUGAGAAAGAUUUUAUGGCACAAUUAGAAAGUAUUAAGCAAAAUUGUUAAAGUGUAAAAGAAGAAGGACCUAAAAUAUAAAAACAAAAAAUAUAUGGGGACACAUGUCAUCAAACCCCUCUACCACUUGUCAUAAGAAGAGAAAAAGUUAACUUUAUAUAUAUAGAUAGAUAUGGCUCGACUCUAACCGGUUAAUAGUAUUAUUCCAAACCAUCAUAAUAAUCUCUUAUAAUUAAUUUGGUUCACCUCAUUUUAUACGCAAGUCUGAGAACACUAAUUGUUAGUGCCAAUUAUUAGUUUCAAUUUAUGCAUCCAAUGAUUUUUCUUUAGGACAGUUUUAGAAUAAUAGUUUAUAUAUUCGACAUGUAUCAUGGAUGAUAAACCGGACUGAAAGUUUUGUUUCUGUUAAGAUGAAAAAUAAAAAAUAAGAAUUUUUAGCAAUAAAUUUUUCAUUUCACUUUCUUUUUCUCAUCCAGGAUGCAAAUGACCUACAGUUUAAAGCAAAGCAAGCAUCAAUACUGCAUCAAUACUGAUGGAGAUGUGAAGGAUGCAAAUGACCUACAUAUUUCCUUUUUGUUAACAUUCAUAUUUUAUCAUUCAACGCUUUUUUGUUUAACCAUUAAUAUUCCACAACUUAUAAAACAUCACUUUAACCGUACUACAUAAUAUUAUUCACUUAUUCCUUUGUCACUGUUCUAAAUGACCUACAUAUUUCUUUUUUGUUAACAUUCAUAUUUUAUCAUUCAAUGCUUUUUUGUUUAACCAUUAAUAUUCCACAACUUAUAAAACAUCACUUUAACCGUACUACAUAAUAUUAUUCACUUAUUCCUUUGUUACCGUUCAAUCUAAAUAUUACUCUUACUAUCUAAAUCUAGAACUGGAUUCAACUCAAUUAUUUGAGUAUUACACAUUUUUCACUAUUCACUAUUUUAACGUAUAAGCUAAAAAAUUAAUCAAAUACUUACUAUUUUUUUUAAUAUAUUCUAUUAAUUUUGUUAUGUUUGAGUCAUCCACCUAAUAAACUGUAUAUUUAAAUAGUAAUAUUUUAAAAAGUAAUUUUAUUUACAUUUAUAUAAAUAAAUUUAUAAUUCUAAAAUAACAAUAACUUUUAAGAAUAUCAUAAUUAUUUACACGCAUAGGACACAUACCCUUUUAUUUGCUUAUUGGAAAAUGAACGAGUCUAAAGCUUUUUCACAUAUUAUAUGAGAAAAACUUGGAUUUUUCUAAAUUAGAUUCGUUUAAAUCGGAACAUAUUAAGAUGAGUUUCUUAGAUUAGAUUUUUGUUAUGUAUAUAUGUAACAAUACUUUGUAUGUUGUAACAAAUAGAAUAAUUCAUCUCUUUCCUAAAUUUUUAACUCACUAUCAAUCCAUUUCUAUAAUCCAAGAUGAGGAAAUCCGUUCAACUCUUGUCUACGUUCUUAAUCGUCUUCAUUAUUCUCUCACUAGGAAUGAUGGCAGAUGCGAAAAAACAGUGUCCAUAUAAAAUUCCAAUUAAUAAAAAGUUUUCGUAUUGUGCUGCAACACACUGUUUGGCUGAUUGUAAGAAGCAACAUGGAGCUGAUGCUAGUGGUAGUUGUUCCGCAGAAAAGGGAUUUUGUAACUGCGUUGCUAAUUGUAAGGGUUCUCGCUAAGUGUUGUGAAUAUAAUAAUAUCCAACCAAAGUUUUAUACUAUAUUUUUACUAAUAAAUAUCUAAAUGUUAAAAUGUUUGUCUCAGAUUUGUGGAUCUAUUUAUAAUAAAUAAUAAUAAGAGAAUUAAAUAAAUACAAAUGUGAUUAACAAGAUUGUACUUUAAAUAAAAUAAAUGAUCACAAUAUUAUUAGAUGUAUCCAAAAAUGUGUAUAUGAUCAAAAACGUUUAAGACGAGUUUUAAAAGACAGUGAUGAAAUCACAACCAAUAUUUAAAUGUGAUAUCAUCACCUAACAUGUAAAUUUUGUGUACAUUUUAAAACAAAUAAAAUAAAAAUAGCAAGUCUUGAUGAUCGACACUAAAUAGACGACACUAAUUUGAAGACCUCUAUAAAUGUCUACAUGAGCUAAAAAUUUGAAUAUAUAACUACACUAGGGGGUGUCCGCGCUUCGCGCGGAAUAUUAUUUUAUUGUUGUUAAGUAUGAUGUUUUUGAAUGAUGUAAUUAUAUGGUCAUUAUGUAUUUGUGAAGAGCAUGAUUUAGCAUUUUAUUGUGUGAUGUAGUAUUAGGUUAUAGGUUAAUAUAUUAUGUGUUUGUCUUUUCAAUAAUGUGUUGUUGUGUGUAUAGUAGUAUGUUAGUGGUGAAAUGGGCUUAUGAUGUAAAGCAUCUUGAAUUUCAAUAAAUUUUCAUUUAAGCAUUUAUUGAUUCUAACAUUAACGGUUUAAGCGUCAACAUUGUAUUUAAUAUUUUCACAUUUUUGAACACUAUUCUUUUUGUUAACAAUGUCGAACAUUAUUCUCCUCAGAUGUUUUUUCCUUCUCCGCAUAUUUUGACUUGAGCCAUCACCAUCUAUGUAUUUCGUUUACAUUUCCAGUGUGCGGUGUUUCUUACCAUCACCAGAAAAAGACUUACCUUCGUUUCUCUUGUUUUUCCUCGUCUUUUUCUCUUCUGAGAUUAUCUAAUAUUUGUUGUAGAUCAGGUUUAUGAGUUUCCAGUUGUGCGGUUGUUUCUCAUGAUGUUGUACGCUCUUCUUGUCAAUAUUUGUCCCCUUCUUCCUUAAAUUUGGCUAAUAUUAGGAAUUACAUCUCCUUGGUUGGUCAGAUUUUAGUUGUCUUUAAUGUUGUCUUCCUCGUAGUUGGCUUGUCGUUGAUAGUCACUGCUCGUCUUGGUUUUCAAGAUCUAGUUUUUGCUGAUUUGACUUUUACGUUCUCUUCAUAGAUCGAGGAUGGCUCCACAGUUUAUUUAUUUUUUUUGUAGUCUCUUUUUCUCUCUUUGUUCUCUCAUCUCGUUGCACUUUUCAUCGCUGGCUGCGUCUCCGGUGGCUCUCCAUUUCGCCAUGUUUGCCACUCCAGGUUUGGAUAGUGUUUUUCUUCGUGUAUGUUAUGUGGGCUUGGAAGAUUAUUUCUUGUUUCAAACUUGAGAUUUGGUUUCUUUGUGGUUAGCUUCCAUUCUCCCUCAUUUAUGUUGUUUUUCUUCUUUUCCUGGUUCCUUGGUAUAGGUGUGUGGAGUUAGUCUCUUGGAGCUUUGGUCUCUUCUAUUCAGAACUUUGUGAUUCUUCGUUGGCAAUGAACGCCUUGUAUGUUGUUGUUUGUUUGUGAGGUGCUUCUUAACUCUUAGCUGGUGGUUGUGCUUUAGGCAUCUGUUUUCGUGCUUCGUGGUGACUUUUAUCUUCCAUUGAUUAUUCUCCUUCUGACCCGUUUUUUUGAUUUUUUGGGUUGGUGUUUGAUCGCGUUCAUUUGUGUUCCACACUUUUACUGAGUUAGUGUUACUAUAGUAUUUUGCUUUUUCUUUGUGAUUUUGGAAAUUUAGGUUUAGAUUAUGUAUCGUACUCUAGUUUUUUUAGUUUAGUUAUUUUAUAGUUUUUAAUAGUCAAAUAAAUUUAUAAUUUGUAAAUAAUAUAAUAGAAAAUAUCAAAAAAAAUAAAAGUUUAUAUUAUUUUUUAUUUAUGAAUAAAUAAAAUAUUUAAAAUAUAUUUUUAUUAUAUAUUUUUAUUCAUCUUCAACUUUACUGACCAAUAAAAUAGAUUAUAAAAUUUUAUAUAAUAAUGGUUAGUGUGAAAAAGAUUUUAUGGCACAAUUAGAAAGUAUUAAGCAAAAUUGUUAAAGUGUAAAAGAAGAAGGACCUAAAAUAUAAAAACAAAAAAUAUAUGGGGACACAUGUCAUCAAACCCCUCUACCACUUGUCAUAAGAAGAGAAAAAGUUAACUUUAUAUAUAUAGAUAGAUAUGGCUCGACUCUAACCGGUUAAUAGUAUUAUUCCAAACCAUCAUAAUAAUCUCUUAUAAUUAAUUUGGUUCACCUCAUUUUAUACGCAAGUCUGAGAACACUAAUUGUUAGUGCCAAUUAUUAGUUUCAAUUUAUGCAUCCAAUGAUUUUUCUUUAGGACAGUUUUAGAAUAAUAGUUUAUAUAUUCGACAUGUAUCAUGGAUGAUAAACCGGACUGAAAGUUUUGUUUCUGUUAAGAUGAAAAAUAAAAAAUAAGAAUUUUUUAGCAAUAAAUUUUUCAUUUCACUUUCUUUUUCUCAUCCAGGAUGCAAAUGACCUACAGUUUAAAGCAAAGCAAGCAUCAAUACUGCAUCAAUACUGAUGGAGAUGUGAAGGAUGCAAAUGACCUACAUAUUUCCUUUUUGUUAACAUUCAUAUUUUAUCAUUCAACGUUUUUUUGUUUAACCAUUAAUAUUCCACAACUUAUAAAACAUCACUUUAACCGUACUACAUAAUAUUAUUCACUUAUUCCUUUGUCACUGUUCUAAAUGACCUACAUAUUUCUUUUUUGUUAACAUUCAUAUUUUAUCAUUCAGUGCUUUUUUGUUUAACCAUUAAUAUUCCACAACUUAUAAAACAUCACUUUAACCGUACUACAUAAUAUUAUUCACUUAUUCAUUUGUUACCGUUCAAUCUAAAUAUUACUCUUACUAUCUAAAUCUAGAACUGGAUUCAACUCAAUUAUUUGAGUAUUACACAUUUUUCACUAUUCACUAUUUUAACGUAUAAGCUAAAAAAUUAAUCAAAUACUUACUAUUUUUUUUAAUAUAUUCUAUUAAUUUUGUUGUGUUUGAGUCAUCCACCUAAUAAACUGUAUAUUUAAAUAGUAAUAUUUUAAAAAGUAAUUUUAUUUACAUUUAUAUAAAUAAAUUUAUAAUUCUAAAAUAACAAUAACUUUUAAGAAUAUCAGAAUUAUUUACACGCAUAGGACACAUACCCUUUUAUUUGCUUAUUGGAAAAUGAACGAGUCUAAAGCUUUUUCACAUAUUAUAUGAGAAAAACUUGGAUUUUUCUAAAUUAAAUUCGUUUAAAUCGGAACAUAUUAAGAUGAGUUUCUUAGAUUAGAUUUUUGUUAUGUAUAUAUGUAACAAUACUUUGUAUGUUGUAACAAAUAGAAUAAUUCAUCUCUUUCCUAAAUUUUUAACUCACUAUCAAUCCAUUUCUAUAAUCCAAGAUGAGGAAAUCCGUUCAACUCUUGUCUACGUUCUUAAUCGUCUUCAUUAUUCUCUCACUAGAUGCGAAAAAACAGUGUCCAUAUAAAAUUCCAAUUAAUAAAAAGUUUUCGUAUUGUGCUGCAACACACUGUUUGGCUGAUUGUAAGAAGCAACAUGGAGCUGAUGCUAGUGGUAGUUGUUCCGCAGAAAAGGGAUUUUGUAACUGCGUUGCUAAUUGUAAGGGUUCUCGCUAAGUGUUGUGAAUAUAAUAAUAUCCAACCAAAGUUUUAUACUAUAUUUUUACUAAUAAAUAUCUAAAUGUUAAAAUGUUUGUCUCAGAUUUGUGGAUCUAUUUAUAAUAAAUAAUAAUAAGAGAAUUAAAUAAAUACAAAUGUGAUUAACAAGAUUGUACUUUAAAUAAAAUAAAUGAUCACAAUAUUAUUAGAUGUAUCCAAAAAUGUGUAUAUGAUCAAAAACGUUUAAGACGAGUUUUAAAAGACAGUGAUGAAAUCACAACCAAUAUUUAAAUGUGAUAUCAUCACCUAACAUGUAAAUUUUGUGUACAUUUUAAAACAAAUAAAAUAAAAAUAGCAAGUCUUGAUGAUCGACACUAAAUAGACGACACUAAUUUGAAGACCUCUCUAAAUGUCUACAUGAGCUAAAAAUUUGAAUAUAUAACUACACUAGGGGGUGUCCGCGCUUCGCUCGGAAUAUUAUUUUAUUGUUGUUAAGUAUGAUGUUUUUGAAUGAUGUAAUUAUAUGGUCAUUAUGUAUUUGUGAAGAGCAUGAUUUAGUAUUUUAUUGUGUGAUGUAGUAUUAGGUUAUAGGUUAAUAUAUUAUGUGUUUGUCUUUUCAAUAAUGUGUUGUUGUGUGUAUAGUAGUAUGUUAGUGGUGAAAUGGGCUUAUGAUGUAAAGCAUCUUGAAUUUCAACAAAUUUUCAUUUAAGCAUUUAUUGAUUCUAACAUUAACGGUUUAAGCGUCAACAUUGUAUUUAAUAUUUUCACAUUUUUGAACACUAUUCUUUUUGUUAACAACGUCGAACAUUAUUCUCCUCAGAUGUUUUUUCCUUCUCCGCAUAUUUUGACUUGAGCCAUCACCAUCUAUGUAUUUCGUUUACAUUUCCAGUGUGCGGUGUUUCUUACCAUCACCAGAAAAAGACUUACCUUCGUUUCUCUUGUUUUUCCUCGUCUUUUUCUCUUCUGAGAUUAUCUAAUAUUUGUUGUAGAUCAGGUUUAUGAGUUCCCAGUUGUGCGGUUGUUUCUCAUGAUGUUGUACGCUCUUCUUGUCAAUAUUUGUCCCCUUCUUCCUUAAAUUUGGCUAAUAUUAGGAACUACAUCUCCUUGGUUGGUCAGAUUUUAGUUGUCUUUAAUGUUGUCUUCCUCGUAGUUGGCUUGUCGUUGAUAGUCACUGCUCGUCUUGGUUUUCAAGAUCUAGUUUUUGCUGAUUUGACUUUUACGUUCUCUUCAUAGAUCGAGGAUGGCUCCACAGUUUAUUUAUUUUUUUGUAGUCUCUUUUUCUCUCUUUGUUCUCUCAUCUCGUUGCACUUUUCAUCGCUGGCUGCGUCUCCGGUGGCUCUCCAUUUCGCCAUGUUUGCCACUCCAGGUUUGGAUAGUGUUUUUCUUCGUGUAUGUUAUGUGGGCUUGGAAGAUUAUUUCUUGUUUCAAACUUGAGAUUUGGUUUCUUUGUGGUUAGCUUCCAUUCUCCCUCAUUUAUGUUGUUUUUCUUCUUUUCCUGGUUUCUUGGUAUAUGUGUGUGGAGUUAGUCUCUUGGAGCUUUGGUCUCUUCUAUUCAGAACUUUGUGAUUCUUCGUUGGCAAUGAACGCCUUGUAUGUGGUUGUUUGUUUGUGAGGUGCUUCUUAACUCUUAGCUGGUGGUUGUGCUUUAGGCAUCUGUUUUCGUGCUUCGUGGUGACUUUUAUCUUCCAUUGAUUAUUCUCCUUCUGACCCGUUUUUUUGAUUUUUUUGGGUUGGUGUUUGAUCGCGUUCAUUUGUGUUCCACACUUUUACUGAGUUAGUGUUACUAUAGUAUUUUGCUUUUUCUUUGUGAUUUUAGAAAUUUAGGUUUAGAUUAUGUAUCGUACUCUAGUUUUUUUAGUUUAGUUAUUUUACAGUUUUUAAUAGUCAAAUAAAUUUAUAAUUUGUAAAUAAUAUAAUAGAAAAUAUCAAAAAAAAUAAAAGUUUAUGUUAUUUUUUAUUUAUGAAUAAAUAAAAUAUUUAAAAUAUAUUUUUAUUAUAUAUUUUUAUUCAUCUUCAACUUUACUGACCAAUAAAAUAGAUUAUAAAAUUUUAUAUAAUAAUGGUUAGUGUGAGAAAGAUUUUAUGGCACAAUUAGAAAGUAUUAAGCAAAAUUGUUAAAGUGUAAAAGAAGAAGGACCUAAAAUAUAAAAACAAAAAAUAUAUGGGGACACAUGUCAUCAAACCCCUCUACCACUUGUCAUAAGAAGAGAAAAAGUUAACUUUAUAUAUAUAGAUAGAUAGAUAUGGCUCGACUCUAACCGGUUAAUAGUAUUAUUCCAAACCAUCAUAAUAAUCUCUUAUAAUUAAUUUGGUUCACCUCAUUUUAUACGCAAGUCUAAGAACACUAAUUGUUAGUGCCAAUUAUUAGUUUCAAUUUAUGCAUCCAAUGAUUUUUCUUUAGGACAGUUUUAAAAUAAUAGUUUAUAUAUUCGACAUGUAUCAUGGAUGAUAAACCGGACUGAAAGUUUUGUUUCUGUUAAGAUGAAAAAUAAAAAAUAAGAAUUUUUAGCAAUAAAUUUUUCAUUUCACUUUCUUUUUCUCAUCCAGGAUGCAAAUGACCUACAGUUUAAAGCAAAGCAAGCAUCAAUACUGCAUCAAUACUGAUGGAGAUGUGAAGGAUGCAAAUGACCUACAUAUUUCCUUUUUGUUAACAUUCAUAUUUUAUCAUUCAACGUUUUUUUGUUUAACCAUUAAUAUUCCACAACUUAUAAAACAUCACUUUAACCGUACUACAUAAUAUUAUUCACUUAUUCCUUUGUCACUGUUCUAAAUGACCUACAUAUUUCUUUUUUGUUAACAUUCAUAUUUUAUCAUUCAAUGCUUUUUUGUUUAACCAUUAAUAUUCCACAACUUAUAAAACAUCACUUUAACCGUACUACAUAAUAUUAUUCACUUAUUCAUUUGUUACCGUUCAAUCUAAAUAUUACUCUUACUAUCUAAAUCUAGAACUGGAUUCAACUCAAUUAUUUGAGUAUUACACAUUUUUCACUAUUCACUAUUUUAAUGUAUAAGCUAAAAAAUUAAUCAAAUACUUACUAUUUUUUUUAAUAUAUUCUAUUAAUUUUGUUAUGUUUGAGUCAUCCACCUAAUAAACUGUAUAUUUAAAUAGUAAUAUUUUAAAAAGUAAUUUUAUUUACAUUUAUAUAAAUAAAUUUAUAAUUCUAAAAUAACAAUAACUUUUAAGAAUAUCAGAAUUAUUUACACGCAUAGGACACAUACUCUUUUAUUUGCUUAUUGGAAAAUGAACGAGUCUAAAGCUUUUUCACAUAUUAUAUGAGAAAAACUUGGAUUUUUCUAAAUUAGAUUCGUUUAAAUCGAAACAUCUUAAGAUGAGUUUCUUAGAUUAGAUUUUUGUUAUGUAUAUAUGUAACAAUACUUUGUAUGUUGUAACAAAUAGAAUAAUUCAUCUCUUUCCUAAAUUUUUAACUCACUAUCAAUCCAUUUCUAUAAUCCAAGAUGAGGAAAUCCGUUCAACUCUUGUCUACGUUCUUAAUCGUCUUCAUUAUUCUCUCACUAGGAAUGAUGGCAGAUGCGAAAAAACAGUGUCCAUAUAAAAUUCCAAUUAAUAAAAAGUUUUCGUAUUGUGCUGCAACACACUGUUUGGCUGAUUGUAAGAAGCAACACGGAGCUGAUGCUAGUGGUAGUUGUUCCGCAGAAAAGGGAUUUUGUAACUGCGUUGCUAAUUGUAAGGGUUCUCGCUAAGUGUUGUGAAUAUAAUAAUAUCCAACCAAAGUUUUAUACUAUAUUUUUACUAAUAAAUAUCUAAAUGUUAAAAUGUUUGUCUCAG